GUCAUCGGCGCGCGCCUUUACUUAUGAAUGCGUACCUUUUGGGUACCUUAGCUUCUUUUGGAGUUGGUUAUAUUGCUUGUCACUACAACUUAGUGACUAAAGUAUACGAAGCUUUUAACGACAUUCCGUCAACUACUCAUAAGCGUCACCUUCUUUACGUGUUUGUGGGUCUUAGUAUACUUUUUCUUUUUAUUCUUAUUCCUCUAUAUCGAAUUGCAGAUUACGAAUCUAAAAGAAAUAACGGUUACCCUUACAGGACUUCUGCUAGAGAACAUCUUCAACGAAGAGGAACCCGGACGAAAUCGGGAUUUUUGGUAGGCUGGAGUGUUUGUAGCUUUACAGCCUGCGUUGCUUCAGUGAUUUCUAAUGUAAAACUUAAAGAUUUGGAAGCUGCUUUAUCGGCAUUAUCGACGGAUAAUAGCUCAUCGUUUGUAUAUAUGGGUAAAGUUUGUGGUGCGCCACCAAUUGUCUUGGGCGUGAUAACUACAUAUUCAAGUAAUGACGAUAUCCAUGAUAAUAUUCAUAAAGAAGGCAUUGCCGAUAAAAAGAGGACGGCAGAGUUUUGGAUGACGAUCCAUUUACAGGAUAAUAAUAUGCCUUCGCUCAG